AUGGCUAACUCCCUCCCUCACAGCCGCAACAAGACCCAACGUGACAGCUCGACCGGCAACAGAAAAGGUCUCUCUGCCGCCGGCAAUAGCGGCUCACCUCCAGGCCCAAACAACCAGAGUCGCAGCAGCGUCCAACACAUUGGCAAUUCUGGCAGUGGCCGUAAGGCAAACAAGCCUCCUCCUCCGCAAGCUUGCCGGGCUUUGGAUACUGGCCCAUCAUUAGGCAGCAGCAACAGUCUCAGCGGUAGUAUGCAUGCCCCCAAAGGGCACGCGCAAUUGGGCGUCCAGAGAAAACCUAGUAUUGAUAAGAACAGCGGUGGCAAGAGCAUGCUCAACCCCAAUGCUGGUGUUUUUCAACCUGGUGCAUUGUCUGCUAUCGUCAGUCGAGUGUCUUAUCCUCAAUUCCUGUCAUAA